AUGCCCGGGAUGCUCACGAGAUCCAAGUCUCUGCGGUUCCUAAGAAACAAUCGCAGAGAUGUCAUUGAUCAAGAGAAGGGAAACACAAUGCCAGCUCUAAAAGCGUCUCAAACAGAUCUUGACAAAUACCAUGCGUCUACGGCGAAUUUGCAACUGGAGGGAAAUCUCAAGGCCCCAGACGUGGUAAUCAGACCGAGCACCUCAGGCGGGCCUGUAGAGCGCCCAGUGAUGUCUCGCAGGGAGACCAGUCCUGCGCCAUCGUUCCAUUCGGAAGAUCAUGUCCACUCUUUCCAAUCGCCUACAUCGUCGACAACCGUACUCUAUACCUCAGAUGUCACAAAAGAGCAGGGGAUCAUUGGUAUCGCUCUUGGAUCACCGACUUCUGCUUCGCACUGGAUCCCACCUCCUCACGCAGUCGACUCGAAGACGAAUCCAGGAUUUACAGAUCUCCCAGUAGACAUGUUGACUCAUCCCAACGCCUCGUCGCCAUCCUUGAGUGGUCCCCAAGGGCCUGCCAAACCCAAACUUAGUCGAUGGAAGUCGCUAUUUCGCAAAGCAGCGCCGCCGCCGCCACCCAUUACUCCCCAGGAGCAAGCCGCAUUCUAUCAGUUAUCGCAGUCGGUGGACAAAUCAGCUCGUGCCGACAGCCACCACGAUGAAGAAGUCAAUGAAUCAAAGACUUCACUCAAGGACGAAGCAGGGAGGGACAAGCUGCGCAAUGUGUCACCACCUGCAUACAAGCCUGACAUUCGCGAGUCGCGCAAAUGGAGCCAUGGAGAGUUUGUCGCACCCAAGUCACCUCCGCAAGCAACAUCGACCAGAGGUCGUGCAGUGACGCUUGGAAAUCAUGCUUCAGACCUCCAGGAGAGGACCAUCCAACAAGCUCCAAUCCUUAACAUCACGCUCCCUGACAUCACAAUGGAGAGAUACAGCAUCAUGUUUGGCAACCUUUUGCAGUCUGGACCGAGCCGUUCAUCGCUCUUGGAGCGACGACAAGGAAAUACAGAAAAGGUCAAGCCGUUGAACGAGCUUUCUGCCAAGGAUGAUCCACCAGCCGAGAGCUUCCCUCUCCAGCGCAGAGUGACUUCGCCGGCUGUGACGUCCUCACCACGGUUAACAUUGUUCCCUCCCACGACUACGUCUCGCGCGCCUUCACCAUUGGGUACACCCGUCAUUAACCGCAGCAAGGGGGAUAUUAAACGUUCCAAGACGUUGCCCUCGAAAUCACCUGUUCGAACCGAGUUUGUGGAGGGUUCAGAUCGCUCUGAAAAGAGGAUUGAUCCCGCCAAACUUGCACCUGUAGCAUCUCCAUACUUGAAGCCUGCCUCGACGCCAACCUCCGUGUUUGGCUCUGAAUCUGAAGCCGAAUCCGUUAGCGUUGUUGCCGCCCCGAUCUUGCACGGCCACGGCCAAACCACGACGCUUCAUCUCGACGACCGAGAACCCGACUGGGAACUUUGUGCGCCGCCACCUCGAGCGGCAAAACGCGAAGCUCUCGUCAUCCCGGACACGCCCGUUUCCACCCUGGUUCGUUCACCCUCGCAUAGGCAGCCAAAAGUCACCAAGAUGAGCGCCCUCUGUUCACAUCCGGCUUCUGCGCCUAUCGACGUUCCUUCGCCAUUGCAGCGACUACAUAGUCUCUCGACCCCACCGCAUUCGGCCAUAAUCGCAAAAGCUACGGUGGGGCUCGCAAGAAGCGUUUCUCUCAGUAGAGCACACAGUCCCCGAACUGUGGUCCGCGUCUCAACCAUACCAAGCGAGGAGCGAGUCCUUGACAAGCUAGCCCUUACACCCACCAUGGUCGAAGUCAAGAACCGCAAGAGUCACAGAGUGCAGCUCGAAGACGCUUAG